UCUUUUGCUUCUUUGGCUGUGGUGGCAGCGGCUGAUAGCUGCUUCUUGCUAUUUUGCUGUAGUGCGAAUGAAGUUUUGUUUAGUAUUUGUCGUGAGUUCAUGUUGUUCAUACGUUGUUCGGCCGGUUCAUAUACUUCAUACCGCACUGACUACCAUCUAACACGGGGUAGUAAAAACACCGUUUUUAUCGUUUAGUCGUCGCUGUCGCAACUUCUUGUUUUGCAAAUAAUCGUCAGUUUUUUUUUUUUGAGUUAGAAAAAAAAAUUCUUAAAUUUUAUUGACGCCUAUAAUAGAGCGCGCUACGCCGCCGUCUUUGUUGGUAAACUCCCUACAUGCGGGUUGUAUGGUUUUUUUUUUGUAGCUUAACACUUUUUUUCAUAAGAAAAAGUUUUGGCUAUGCUAUGUGUUUGAAAAGUGUCUAAGUGUUUGUGAGCGUGUGUGUGUGCAAUAAAGAAAAACUAUAACACAAAUCCUUUAAAACUUCUUUAAAAUAAAAUCCUCAAGUGUUAAGCGCAGCAAAAGAAAGCCCCAUUAAGUGUGGGCCCCCUAAAAGUCAUUAACAGACGAGAUCAAAACAAGCACAAAGAAGGAAAAAAAUCCAAAAUAAUUUUCCUCCAAAAGUAAAAAAAAAAAACAAAUACAAAACGGAAAACACGAAUUAAAAACCCAAACAAGCAUUUAAAACAAAUCGAAUAAACCAAAAAAGCAUUUGUCGGGGCUUAAUGAAUGGCAAAAUAAAAAAGCAAUGAAAAUUUCCGUUAAUAAUCUUUAAAGGAACGGUGGUGAAAAAAAAUCAUAAUUAAGCGCUUGUCUUCUUCUUCUUCUUCAUUUUGUAUAACAUCAAAGUACCAACAUCAAUAAAACUGCUUUGUACCUAAGAGCUUGUACUCCUUUUUGCUAAAGAAAAUUGCAAAAAAAAGUCAAGAAAAUAUCAAAGAAAACUAAUCGAUAGUGCUGCUUUAAUAUCGUGCUAAAAGGAAAAAAGUGAUUUACAAAGAUUUGUGUGUUAAGUGUAAGAAAAUCUGCCUGCGUUUGAAGUUAAAAGAAAAAAAGGGGAAAACGUUUGUGGAGUUGUUAAAAAGGGAAUCAAAUCCUUUGCUGUUGCAUUUUUGAUUUUAAUCAUUGGAUUAUUCAAGCAAGCUGGAGCUGUUUUUCUUCAGGUUAAGCUGACUUAGAAACUCAUGAAUUUGGAAUAUUUGGUUUAAAACAUUAGCUUAAGAUUUUAAAAUUGGCGACCUACCCCACUGCCGCCAGCCACUCAACGAGAGACAGACAAGCGAAACUGCCAAACAGCAGAACGACGACAUCUGUUGGAUUUCUGGGAAGCCUUUUAGCAACACCACCCCUACCGCCAAGCAGUGGCAUUUAGGAGCGCUUUAAUGCUUGUCAUCGACACCACAACGACAAAGACUGUCAACCACUUCUCAUCGAUAUAAAUCAUUUGAAAAGUCGGCCUCUUUUUUUGCUAAUGCCUCUAAACACGCCAUAGAAACGCUUUUUGCCUUCUUGUGGAGCCGUUUUUGAUAAAUUAUUAAAAAUUAAACUAUUCAACAAAACGAAAACGAAACGAAGAACCACAGCAACAACAGCCUAGAAAUCAAAGAAGAUUAAUGGGACUGGGCCGUUUGCCGAGGGGGGAGGAGACCCAUAAGACAAACUUCUGCAUCAGUUUUCGCUAUGGAAUUCUCAUGAAAACCCUGCUAUACACUACCCUAGCCUACCUAAACAGCAACCAAGAGCAAUAAUUUUCAAGUUUGUGAACAACUGAAGAACCAAGUGCCUGGAAAUUUUAUUCACUUACAAAAAAAAAACACAAAACCAAACAAAUAAAUAAUCAUAAUUCUUAACGACUAACAACAAAGGAAAAAACUUUUUUUUUUUUGGGGAAAAGUUAUAACCAUUUGGUGACUAGAGAAAGGAAAAAAAUUUCAAUCCCUAACCCACAUUAAAUUCACUUGCUUGGCUUGCCAAGUAGAACGAACAUCUCCUAAAGCAAGUCCCACACAAACGAAACGAAACGCAGCGCAACGUAACGCAACGAAACCCAAAUUCAAUUUUCUCUCAAGGGGAGCUGUCACAAAAAUGUGGCUUUUUUGGUACCAACAUCACCAAGAGCACCAGCAGCAGCAGCAGCAGCAGAAGUAUCACCACGACGACCAUAAAAGUUUAAAGCCCAACCUUAACAGAAAAAAUACUUUUGCCAUUCAACCUCAACACAAAGAAGCUUGUGGCAGAAUUUGUCAACUUUAGAAAAAAAAAAGAAGGGCCAGUGAACGAGAAAAAAAGAAAGAUCCCACUACGAAGCCAAUUGCCCAGAAGCUCAUUUGUAUGUGGCCCAAUUGCCGGUUGUAGUCCGUUAAGUUUUACGAGUUUAACGCCACCCUUAGGGGAACUUUAGCCGAAAAGUUCCGGUGUCAACAGCAACAGCCCAAAGUUAAAUAUCUCGCCAGUCCUCCCACCCCCUCUCCCUGCACUAAACUCUAUAGAAAUUGUGACAAUAAUAAUAGAUAGGAGGCCAUUGAGCCAGCGGCCAGUCGGGCAACCUGUUCCCUAUAUCAUUGGCUUUUGUGUCAACAGCAGCAGCAGCAGCAGCCGCAGCAUCGCAGUGAAUUUGGAGCCAAAUAGCCGCAGUUCCAUUUUGUACACAGAGUGCUUCAAUUAUGUUGGCCGGCAUAAGGAAACGCUUAGCACGCAAACAACUUGGCAUCAAAGAAUGCGAAGACGAUGACAAAGAUGAUUUGCAUGCGAAUGCAUUCACACCACCCACCAACUACAUUAAAAUAUCUCAAGGAAAGAUACAAUUAGUCCAUCAGCCGCCACCACCGCCUCUGCCCAUCUUUUCAACGCUGCAGACGGCAACAUCACCGCCGCCACCCACAUCGCCAGGAACGCCGGGACAUGGAACAGCAACACUGUGUUCCACGGCCACCACAGCGACCUUAAAUGGCUAUCACUCAACUUGCAAUGGCAGUGAAUCUCCCAGGGAUAAGAACUUCCAGGAUCAUCUGCAGCAUCGGAUUGCAGAGCUUGAGGCGGGAUUUUUGAGAUUGCAGGAAAAAAUUAAUAAUAGCCAAUGCGGGUCGCCAACGUUCGAAAAGGAACUGCGUCAGCAGCUGGAAAACAUGAGUCGUGUCAUGAAAUCCAAAGAACGUAGACAACUGCAGACAUGUAGAGAUCAUAAAGCUUUACAGACUCGUUUUGCUCGUCAGGAAAAUCUUUUGCAUUCUCUGCAGCAGGAAAACAAGGCAUUACUAACUCGAAUACGACAAUAUGAACAUUGUCUGGACGAUGUUAUGCGCAAAGUGGUCGAUGCCAUUGUGGCCGAAGAUAAUUUACGCGAAGAAGUUGUACUGCUUAAGGGUCGUGUACGCGAUUUGGAAGCCCAAAAUGCUGCCCUCUCUGCCAGCCCAGCCAAGGGACGUGAUGAGGGCUACUGCACCAUGAGCAGUGGUCAGCCGCAACCAUCCAAUGGCCAUUUGGAGGAUUUACCCGAAGAGCCGGAACAAUGGUUACUGCCCGCCGAACCAUGUUCAACGGAAAUGGAGGAUUGGAGCAUGUCGCAAGAGGAAUUGGCUGUGAUAACACUGGAUGAGAGUCGAGAACAACAACAGCGAAGGCAACAGCUGAAGCUGGGCAGUGGUAGUAGUGUGAAUGGUGACCACGAUUGGAUAUGGAAUUCCAAUGAUUUGUUGAAUUCCACCAUGGUGGAAACAGACUCGGUAACAGAUAAUAUAUCGCAGUUGCUGCAGCAAAAGAUCAUAUACUCCGAGGAUGAGGAGGUCACUUGUACCGAAUUCACCAAUGAUUUCUAUAAAUUGGUUAAUAUACGCUCCAACUCGGCUCGCAGUCUCUAUUCCUAUAUCGAUGAUGACACAGAUGAUGAAGACGACGAUGACGAUGAUGAUGACGAGGAAGACGAUGAAGAGGAGGAGGAUGAUUCCGAAAAUGGCAUGGCCGAUGAUGGCAAUGCCAGCUUAUCGCCUAGCCACAAACGCUUACGCUCAAAAGUUCUAAAAUCCCGCCAACAAACCCAGCCCAGUCCAACACCCAGCGAAGCUGGCAGGGCCCAGGUGACUAGUUGUUCCUCCAGCGAAACUGAUGACUUCUCCCACUGUACUACCACCACUAAUUCCAUCCAUACUGAAAUCCCUUUGCAAACAUUGGAAGAGAAUGAUACAUCCUCGUGCUGUGAUGUGGUCCUAAUAAAUGAUGAACUCAACUCCUCGCAUGAUCAUCAUUUGCAGCAGCAGCAACAGGAGCUGCAACAACAGCAUCACAGUGAUAUUGAAAUCGAAGAUGUCAUACCCAUGAUGGACACGAAUAUGCCUCCACCCUCCCCUCUGAAGAAUCACACCAAUCAUCAGCGACACUUGAGUGAGCACAUGACAGAGAAGGAAUGCAUAGAGCAAAUUAUCAAGACCGAACUGAGUCGCACUCCCAAGCGACACAAACUUAUGAAAUCUCAAUCCACCAUUGAAGAAAGGGAGACAUGUCAAAUUUUAAGAAAUCAACAACAUUCGCCUCAACACCAACCACUGGGCUGCUCUGAGCCCAAAGUGAUACGCAGCGGCAGUGUCAAUGGAAAUCUGGUGGCCAAAACUAGCAAAUAUCAGGAACGUUUACAGAAUGCCAAUAACUCGUGGAGACGUAGCAAUGGCUGGAAAAGGGUAUUAUCUCCGGCUCGUUCACCCACAAUACUUUCACCCAAAAAGCAGGACACUAAAUCCAACGAUGCUAAAAGUCCUCCCAAAGUGAUUCCUACACGUAUACCCUCAUGUAUAUCACCCUCAUCGCUGCAUCACUCCUCCAACAAUCAGACGAAUGCAAAAGUCCAAACGGCAACAUCGACAAGCAAUAACCAUAUAUCGCCUCAACUAUCGCCGGCUGCUCGUAAAUCGAAAAUCCCUCCUCCUGUACCCGUAAGACGUUCCUAUGCAAGUUAAACUCCAAUCCCUAGGCAGGCAUACAUACAUCUAUACUUUAUUGCAACAAACUGAUUAAGGGGUCAUCGUCCGGCGUCCUCCUAUCAAACCGUUCAAAUGUUCUUUUUUUGUAUGUUUUGUAUAUAAUCACGAUAAAAAAACGAUGCGAUGCGAUGUAGAUUUAAGACUAGAGUAGUUCAACUAAGUUCGAUAUAUACAUGCAGACAUACGUUUAAAAACUAUUUAUAGAUUUAUUAAAAAAAGACUAAUAUGUGAUAUACAUUUGAAAAAUA